ACGCACCAACUCACGCACACAACAGCAACACACACGCACACGGUACACACAUGCACACACCCCUUUCUACCGGCUUCCCAGCGUCGCCCUCGAACGGCCGCGCCGUCGCCGGAGACGGGCUGCCCUGCCUCUUCACUCUCCCUCGUCUCUCAGUCCCUUCUAUAUCUCCUGGCCGUGCCCAGCCGCGGCCGUGCCCCCUCCUCCUUCUCCGGCGACCUUCCCCGCCUGCUACUCUCUCUACUGCCCGGCAUCAACGCUGUCAUCGCCAUCUUCGUGACAGACAGCGGCAGCCGCCCAGCAACCUCCUCUCUCUGCCCCACUCAACAACGGACAGCAGUGGCCGUGCCACAACGCCGUCGCCCCUCCCUCUCUCUGUAAGCAGCACAUUGCUGCUAUAGCGGUGCGCCUCCGCCGGCGGCGGCGGCGGCGGUUGAAUUCAGACUGGAAACGACGGCUGUCUGCCGCCGCCUCACCGUCGCCGGAGACAACUAGCCACCGAGGCUGCCUUCUCCCUGACCUCUAGCGUCGUACCCUGACCCGGCCAACAUAGCACCAACCCCAUUCAAGAUUCAUACUUUCUAUCGUUCUAACUUGUAAAUGAAUGAAAAUAUUACUCUUGUUGGGCUUUUGAUUUUAAGAUCUGAGAUGCCAAUUUGUGUCUAUGGUAUGCGCUGUGUUUGUAUAAACCUUGUUGUGUUUCUGUAGACUAGGGAAUAUGGGAAUAGCUUGAUUUUUUUCUUGUAGAAUUAAACUCAUGGAAGAACAUAAUAGGAACUGAAAGUAAAAUUACCAGUAAAAGAGAAAUCUGCUUUUGAGAUUUUGUAAAGAUGGAUGUAAACGCAGAGAUAAUGAAAAAAAAGAAUUACUGAAUGUGGUAUAUAUGUAUAUAGUUGAAAAAAAGAAUUUUAUUUUAAACUAAAUUUUAAAAUAAAAAUAUCGAAAUUGAUAAUUAAGGAAGAUAAAAAUAAAAUAAAUCUGAGAUGGGUAAAAUAAGGUUUAUAAACAUUUAAAUUAAAGAGACAUUUCAACUUAUACUAAAAUUUGGCUCAAAAGAGCUUAAAUUCUGAAAAAUAAAAAUCCAAAUCAUAAAAAUACUAAAAUAGUUAACGGGUUAUUACAACUCAUCAUCGCCGGAAUUCUUUUAUUUGUUUAAAGUUGCUAGUUGGAGAUUCUGGGGCUGGGAAAAGUAGUCUUUGGCUGAGUUUAACAUCUGAUGCUUUCGAGGAGCUCUCUCCCACACAAUAUCUUCUUCGUGUUGUUUAAUCUGGAUAUUCUCGUGUUUUUCAAUCAUAUGAUUCCUCUAAGUUUGUGCAUAAUAUGUUCAGUUUAGUUAAUGUGGUGGGAAUAGGAAAUUUCAAUGUGGAGAUUUUGAUAUUUUGUGUAGGGUCUUGAUUGAAAGGAUUGAGGAAUUGUUGUGGUUAUUGACAUAGCUAAUGGGUUCAUCGCAACUCCACUUUCUUUCACUCGUUUUUACCUCGAAAUCCUUAAUAUUGUAUUUUAAUUUAUUAUAGUCGUUUCCAGUCACUGUGUUCAACUCUCCUCUUCUCAGAUACCGCAUGGCUGCACGCGUCGCCACCUCCGCUGCCAAGCGCUGCCUUCCGAUGUUUCCUUCUCUCUAUUGCCAACAUGUUCGAUCUAGCAAUUGUUUCUUGGGCCCCAGAAUCGGAACCCUAAUUCAACAGACCAGCAGAGAGUGGGAAAGUAGGAAGGGGGGUUCGACGAGAAUCUAUGGUGCCGCACCUUAUUGGAAAAAGCUUGUGCCCCUAGGUAAUGAGGCAAUUGUUCCCUGCAUAACCGAGACAAAACAUACGUCUUCCUAUGGACUCUCGGAUCACUUGUUUCCCUACUCUAUGCCUAAGCCUUACAUUUAUAUCGUCUACCCUGAUGAACAUAAAUAUAUGUAUUUUAGUGCACAUUCAGUUGAAGAGGAUGGGACCAUCUCUUCCUCACCAAAAUAUUACAUUUAUCCUCCCUCUCCUUUGAAGGAAACUUGUUUCUUCACUGGCAUAAGUUGUAAUGGUCUAUUACAUUUUCAAAAUGAGCAGUAUGAUGAUUUUCUUUGGAACCCAACAACCAAUGAGUUUAAGGCCCUCCCUAACUCCUCCUCCUGUGAUCACCAACAGCCUCGUGGUCUUCGUGUUACCAAUUAUAAGAUUGGUUGUGGAAUGUGGUCUGACAAUAGAUGUGCAGAUAAUUACAAAAUGCUGCACCUUGUUUUGGCUGAUACGGAAAAAGUUGAGGAAGAGGUAGAGGAAGAGAAUAGCAUUAGCAUUGAUCUGAGUUACCACAUUCACUUGUAUUCACUCAAAACUAAUUCCUGGAAGAAAAUACCAUGCUCGGAGUUUAGUUUACUUAGUGGACCUGGUGUUACCAUUAAUGGGGUUUAUUAUACUCUAGGAUAUUUAAUCGGAAAUGCAGGGAUUGGAGUUCUCCUUUCAUUUGACUUCUCUACCGAAACUCUUUCUAGUAUACCCAGGCCACCUAUCCAAGAGGGGUUAAGUAGUUCUAGUUCAACCGUACCUCCUAUCCAAAAGCUGUCAAGUUGUGCUCAUUUUUUAGAGUAUAAAGGCUUGUUUGGUUAUCUUGCAUGCUGGGAAGCUGAAAAUGAGAUACCUGUGAGAUUUGAACUUUGGGUUAUGAAGAACGGAUCAUGGACAAUGGAAUCUGUUUUCCAUACAUGUGGGGUUUCAAGGCCGUUACGGUUUUCGAGAAACGGUGAGCUAUUGUAUUUUUUAAGCGUGAAUAAUGAAGUGCUCGUGUUUGAUCGUGCCACUGGAAAGUUGAAUCAUCCCGGUAUCAAUUUUUGUUGGUCUAUAGCACAGCUAACUCCAUUUGUUGAGAGCUUUGUUCAACUGAAUGGAAUUUCACAUGCUGAGGCUGAGGAUCUGGAGAAAGAAGGAGGAUAUGUAUAUAUUCGAUAAGAAUCGAACUCAAAACAAGAAGGAAAUUUGGAAAGCUUGAAGAGGAAGAAAGAAUUUCUACUUUUGUAGUUCUUGUGGAUAAAGAAUAGUUAAUGUCCUUACAUUUGAAUAUUUUUCUUUAUUUAUAUGCUACUUUCUAAACUUAUCUAAGCCCUAAUAUCAAGGCUCA